AUGUCGGCCAUUGGACAAAUCGGCCGCGCCGAAGAGGUGCAAGGCCUAUUGAAAGCAGUAGAAGAGCUUCUUAUUCCUUUCAUUCGAUCUGCAGACCAGGAUAUCAGCAAACCUUCAAAUUCGAACGGCGCAAACGGCGCAAAUGGCACCAAUGGCACAAACUGUGCGAAUGGACACACCGGGCUCGCGGGGUCGUCGCUGGUGGACUACAAGAAGCCCGAAGAAUUGAGAGAUAUCCUUCAGCUCGAAAUUCCCGAGAAAGGCACGAAACAGGAAGGUCUCAUUGAAGUCCUGCAGAAAGUUCUGAAGUAUUCUGUCAAUACAUGGCACCAGGGCUUCUUGGACAAACUGUAUGCGUCGACCAAUGCCCCCGGUGUGGCCGCAGAACUCAUUCUCGCCACUUUGAACACCAAUGUCCACGUCUAUCAAGUUUCCCCCGCUUUGACAGUGAUUGAGAAGUAUACUGGUCAACGAUUGGCGAACCUCUUCGGUCUCGACGGUCCCCGCGCUGGAGGAAUCUCGGUGCAAGGAGGAUCAGCUUCGAAUACUACCUCCAUCGUUAUUGCGCGCAACAAUCUUUACCCCAGCACCAAGACAGAUGGCAAUGGGGGGUACAAGUUUGUGCUCUUCACUAGUGCCCACGGCCACUACAGCGUCGAGAAGGCAGCUCAAAUGCUUGGAUUUGGAAGCAGUGCCGUAUGGCCUGUUCCCAUCGACAAGUUGGGCCGCAUGAUUCCAGCCGAACUGGAGAGAUUGAUCCAGAAAGCUCAAAGCGAGGGCCGGACGCCAUUUUACGUCAAUGCCACCGCUGGCACCACCGUCAUGGGCUCUUUUGAUCCAUUCACGGGGAUUGCAACAAUCUGUCGGAGAUACAAAUUAUGGUUCCACAUCGACGGGUCUUGGGGUGGUUCGUUCAUUUUCUCCAAGAACCAGAAACAUAAGUUGGCUGGCGCAGAGAGGGCGAACAGUAUCGCCAUCAACCCCCACAAGAUGAUCGGUGUCCCUGUGACGUGCUCGUACCUGCUUGCAGCAGAUAUGCGUCAAUUCCACAAAGCCAACACCCUUCCAGCCGGAUAUCUCUUCCACAACGAAGAGCCGGAUUCCAAUAGCGAAGGUAACAAAGAAUCCGAGUUGGAAGUCGAAUCCCCAGAAGUGUGGGACUUGGCGGACCUGACCCUUCAAUGCGGUCGACGCGCAGACUCCCUCAAACUCUUCCUCGGAUGGACAUACUAUGGCAGCGAAGGCUACCAGCAGCAAAUCGACACCGCAUGCGACAUUGCCGCACACUUGGCCAACACCAUCGACCAACACCCCGACUUCAUCCUCAUUAGCGAAAAUCCGCCACCUUGCCUCCAGGUGUGCUUCUACUACGCUCCCGGUAAGAAGUUCGUGUACCCUCGUGGUAUCGUCUCCAAUGAAGCCCAGCGUGCAAAGAACAACAGCAAGGUCACUGAGCAAGUGACACACGCGAUCGUGCCCAAGGGCUUCAUGGUGGACUUUGCGCCUCCCAGCGGAGACGCGAAGGCAGUCGGGAACGGCAAGUUCUUCCGCUGUGUAGUCAAUGUUCAGACAUCUCGGGAGACAGUCGACUCACUUGUCCACGCCAUUGAAGAAGUGGGCCCUGGAAUUGUCGAAUCGCUGAAGGCGAGUACCUCGACUGUUCCCCAGAAGCGGCCUGGUGAGCACGGACAUGGGCCUGUUGUUCACCGCGCUUAA